CUCUCUUCUUUCCCAUCGUCUCUUGUUUUGGGAUCAUCUAAACUCCUCUAUUCUAUUUUUUCCUUUUUGUCAUGACAAAUUCUAGUCAAUUGGACGUUUGAUGAGAUCAGAUUCUUACCGAGCGAUUCACUUUCGCAGUGCUAGAAGUGCCCCGCCAAGUCCGAAACUACAAUAGUCUGGUACGUCACCAGUGGCAGAAUCGAAUAAGACCAGCACCCUGUCCACUGGCUGUGGCUGGCACGGGACCGGCACAGCCAAACGUCCAAUAUCAAGUUCUUUUUGGAAUUCGCCACUGCUGAAGAACCACAAAACGGCAAAGAAAAAGUCGCACAGCGCCAGGCAAUCAUUGAGCUCUGUCUUCUUCCGGCCUCGAGUAGGACCAGACGACGGGACCCAGGCUGUCAUGUCUCAUGCUUCCGACGAAAGCGCCAAGUGAACUGCCCAUUUCGGUGUUUUGGCGAAGCUCUGGCUGGGAGACAGAGGUUGCACUUUUUAUUUUGAUCAAAACAGGAUAUCUGAACAAAAAAACAAACGCCAGAAGAAAAAAAAACAUCAGCACACAUUUGGACAGCGGCGAAUUUCUUUUUCAAGUGUUGUAUUCGUCUUGGCUGUCCUUUACACUUUGGUCCAAGCACCAUUCCCUUUCAUAUGGAUUCAACUUUAUCUUUAUAGGGCGAGUCCUCCAGCACGAUGAGUGCAACCACGACACCUGAGGAGCGCCAAUGGCGGCUCACAAGUAUGGCUCAGGAAUGGAAUAUUCCGCUGGGACCAAUGGAUCCUCCUUCGUUGAGUCGGCCGAUUUCAGAGCGUCUGUCGGCAAGUUUUCCCAACGUGAGCCCCAACGAUGAUUACAUGGCAGAUGAGCUUUUGAAACGACGUCGUAUAAAUGUAGAGCAGUCACAACCUGCACAGGGCACCCUCAAGCGUGCCUUCACCAGCACCAAGAAGAAAGGAUCUUGGGAGCCCAAGGAGAUCUUUGAUGCGCUCGACUCUCACGUCGCCAACGCAGGCUCCGCCGGUGUGGCUGACGCACUUAUUAAAAAGCUUGUGACGGCCGGAGGCACCGUCAACCAUCCGAAUCCCACCAAUGGCAGGAGUGGCGUGGCCGGAAAGCUUCUUGUUCGACGCAAAAGCCUCGAGUCUCACCAUUUUGAAAGGAGUCGCCUACUGCAAAAGGCGGUGGAGAACCAGCAGCUUGAUAUGGUUACUGUCCUGGUUCCGCACGCCGACCCACUGGCCCUCGAUGGCAGCCUACCGAUAGCAAUGCGAAGCGGAAACCUGGAAAUCACGCAACUCCUGUUAGUACACGGCGCGAACGCAUCACAAACGGCCGACGGUCAAGAUGCCUUCCGCCAAUUGUGUAUGGCCGGGGGUCAGGCCAACAUGGUCGGGCUUGUUUUGGCGUCAGAUGGUCGUCCAUCACCGGAUUGGAUAUCGCAAGCAAUGGUUGACGCUGCACGCAAGGGGUGUCAUGAGACGGUACUACGGCUCAGCCGCUCGACGGCAGAUGGCAGCUUUGGUGGCGGCGCUGCUUUGAAGGCAGCUGUUGGGCAGUGCCGUGGUGACAUCACGCUGGCGCUCCUCACCGGAACCAAGCCUCCCAAUGUGUCCUGCCUAAACGACGCCUUUAAGCACCUCUUCGCUCACGCGACUAUUAGCCCAAGCGAAAAGCUGGCCCUUGCCGAGAUGUUACUGUGCGCGGGAGCCGAGGGCGAUGCUGUUUCCGAGGCCCUGAUACAAGCAACGGUCACGGAAUUCUACGAUAUGAUUGAUUUACUGUUGUCACAGGGAGCUUCUGUCGAGUACCAGGAAGCCAAGGUUCUGCGAACUGCUAUAUCUCAUGGAAGGGCAAGCUUGGUUCAUCUCCUCUUGAACGAGAAAACAUCACUGAGCGCAACAAACGCCUCUGCAUGCGUCUCAUGCAUACCCAAACGUACCAGCUCGGAGGAUCGGCAUUCGCUUUUAUCAUUACUGUUGCGCAAAGGCGCCGGGGGCCCGCCCCUGAGCGACGCCUUGAUCAACGCUGCAGAGGCAGGCGACAACGAAUGCGUGAAGCUGCUCCUUUCGCCGCACUUUCCCGGCGGUCAUCUUGCUGAAAGUAAUGACUUGAAGAGAGGACCGCGAGCUAUGGUCUACGAGAAGCACGAGAUGGCGUCGGUUGAUCACAGGGAGGGGUUGGCCUUGAAGAUUGCGGCCAAGACUGGCAACCUGACCGCUGUGAAGAUUAUGCUUGGCGCAAAGCCUGCUCCCACAACCUUGAUCGGGGUUUUCCCAGCACUCACAGGCUUACCUCCAGUCGACCGUUUCGAGAUGAUCGACGCUUUCCUAUCAACUGGCACUCAGGGCCUCCCCGUCUCGGACGCUUUACAGCAGGCGGUCGCAGACAAGCCUCCGAGGCGCGAUGAACGCUUGAUAACAUUACUAUUGAAAAACAACGCAGAUGUCGAUUUCAACGGCGGUGCCGCGGUCAUAUCUUCAGUCGCCCACGGAGACAUGGUGUUGCUUGAGACACUUCUUCAGAAAAAGCCCGGUCCGCGGACCACGAUGGCCGCAGUUUCAAAAGCUAUGCUGGGAUCUGACUUGGAGGCUCGUUACAAGAUGAUUGCAAUGCUAGUCAAGUCUGCCAAUGGAGAGUUUGAAGGAACCGGCAUCUCUGAAGCGAUGAUACUGGUGCUUCAGGAGCCCAAGGUCGACUUGCGGCUACUCGAGGCACUGGUGAAAGACGGGCUUGCCGAUGUCAAUUUCAACCAAAGUGCUCCCGUAAUACUAGCCGCGAGGCAUGACGACCCGGCUAUUCUGGAUGUUUUACUUCGUUACGGGCAGCCGACUCCAGAGAGUUUAGAAAGAGCCCUUCACCGGCUUUCGGAGAUGCCGUCUACUCCGGAAAAGGGCCACAAGAUGGAAGCUGUUUUGUCACGUAGCAAAAACAAAAGGGACUCGAUGUCGAGUUUGCUGGUGGCCGAAGUCCAGACUGUACUCAAUACCCCACCGGAAAAUCGGGCCCUAACCGUUGUCAAGACAUUGCUGAGUGGCGGUGCCGAUAUCAACAGCCAAAAUGGACGGAGUUUGUGCAUGGCUGUAAAGGCAGGAAACGUGCAAUUGGUGGACCUUUUGUUCACAGCAAAGCCAAACCCCGCGAGUUUGGCAGCGGCCAUGCCAUGCGCCCUCAAUAACAGCGAUCCUAUGGACCGCCUGACAUUUACUCAAAAGCUGUUGGAUGCUGGUGCGCCAGCAAUCGAAGCAAACAGGGCAUUGGUACACGCCGUCCAGGCGUAUCCAAACGACUUGCCCCUUAUUAACGUCCUGGCAGCAAAAGCUAACAGCUCAGACGGCGAUGCUAUCACCAAAGCGGUCAAAAUCGGGAGGCCUGAGAUUCUCGAGUUGAUACUAGCUAAAACGCCACGCAAGUGUGCGCCUCCUGUGCUGAACGCCGUAUUAGCAGAGGCCAUGAGCAUGCAGGAACAGGAGUCAAGAAGUGCAGUCUGCCAGCUAUUGCUGAAGGCUGGUGCCUCUGGAACUGCUGUAUCCGAGGCUCUGCUUCAGGCGGCGGCUGACGCAGACUUGACCUUGGUAAAGAUCCUAGUGAAUGCCGGCGCAAGCAUCGAAUACCAGGACGGACAGGCUGUAGUGGAGGCGUGUAGAGCCGGAGCAAGUGAAGUACUAAAAAUGCUCUUUUCCGGGCCGUCGGCUUCCAACUCGUUCAAGAAACAGACGCUGCUGCGAGGAUUCCAGGCAGCAACUGACGUCGGGGAUUUGCAGAAGCGUUGUGCUGUGUUUCGAUUGUUACUUGAACGAGGAGUUUCAGGAGAUGCCGUGGACGCUCAGCUUGUGUCGGCGGCAAGGUUUGGCGAUGAAGGGCUCGACCUCGUGCGGCUACUUUUGCAGUGGGGAAGCAACCCAGAUCAUAACAGUGGAGAAGCUAUCUGGACUUCGACUCGUAGCGCAUUUCUCGGCAGCUUGAGGAUGAUGUUGGGUCUUGAGAACGUGGGAGGCCAACAAAAAAAGCCAUCACAUGCGACAAUGAUCCGAUCUCUCAAGGCAAGCUGGCGACUAAGCACUGAGCCCAGAUAUGAGGUUAUCAAGAUGCUCUUCGAGGCCGGGUUACCGGUCACCGAGGAGGUGCAUGUUGGUUUAACAAAGGCAGUCAACGACGAGCAUGUGGACAUGCGCCUGAUAGAGCUACUGCUAGCCAACGGCGCCUCACCCCUGACGAACGGCUGCCAGGCCUUGAGUGACGCUACGCAGAAGCUGAUGCUUCCUGUGCUGGAACUAUUCCUCAAGUCAGAGGUUCCCAACUCGGAUGUAUCUUGGGCGUUCGGACAGGCAUUUACCGAGGCCAACACGGAGUCAUGGUUGUCCGCUGCUGGUCUGGAGGUUGCCAAAAAGUUAUUGGACAAGGGAGCCGGGGGUGAGAGUGUCGCCUCUGCCCUUGUAGGCGCAAUCGAUCACUAUGGGACGGAAAAGGACGCAAUCGCUCGCCAAUUCACAGACAUUCUGAUGAGCUCAUCGGCCAACGUUGGAGCCGGAUCUGGCGCGGCGCUGGGAAAGGCUGCCAAAUCCGCCGAUAAAGAAUUAAUCCAGAGGCUUCUUGCUUCAAACCCAAGCUCCGAGGCAAUAUCAAUGGCAUUCCCGCACAUAUUCGACCAAGACCUGCCAGAAGAAGAGACGCUUGAGCUCAUCUCGCUCUUUGCCAGAACCAAUGCGCAAGGAGACGGUUUAGAUACUGUGUUCGUCAAGCCUGAGGAGCAACCGGUCGUAUUCAAGGCGCUUUCUCGCCAUCCGAGAUCUACAAAAAUUCUCCAGGCACUACUGGACGCCGGGUAUUACCCCGACCCUAUGACUACUGCUAGGGUGCGAGAAGAUAUCGAGGAAGAGGAGCAGGUCAGCCUCUUCUUUUGGGCACUACUUCAGCCGCAGAAAAAGAUCAGCAACCCCGUACUAUUGAUGCUGCUAGAAAACGGUGCCAAAGCGGAUUUCGAGACAGCAGUGUCCAAGGUUACGCCCCUUAUGUUGGCAGUGCAGAGCAUGCGACUUGAUGUUGUUAGGGCGUUGAUCAUGGCAAACCCUGACGUUGCGGACGUUGCUGACGCAGCGGGGAAUACGGCCUUGACGAUGGCAACAGAGAUAGGGGGCGAGGUGGGCACUGCGAUGAUGUCGGCCAUACUCGCUGCCGAGCCGUCCAAGGACGACGGGUCACUACACAAUGCUGCACGCGAACUGAACUUGCGGGCAAUGCAGGUUUUGGUGGAGUUUGGUCACGAUGUCGACUUCCCUAGCCCACUUCACGGAGGACGAUCUGCUCUUGGUGAAAUCUGCCUUCACACAGCAGAUACGCCGUUGACUGCCGCCAGGGAGAAGGCCAUGGAGAGAUCGAUGAAGUUUCUUAUGGACAAUGGUACAGAUCUCAGGCUCCAAUCCGAUGAGAAGUCUGUUCUUCUGCUUGCUCUCGAGUCGCGAGAACCCGUUCCUACUGGCCGAGCCUUGCUCAAGGUUGGUAUGUGGAAGCUCAUCAACCAACCUUUCAACAACUACACGGAUGGCGCAUACACUUAUUCACCUACCGAAUAUGUGUCUCGUGUCAUGACCUCACACCCAGAAGAGGUCAAGGAGCAGCUGAUCAAGCUGCUCAAGGCGAACCGUGCGACAAAUGUCUACUAUGCCAAUGACGGUCCACAGCCCGAAGGGGCCACAGGGCUGCCAGACGAGCUGUUGCGGGCCGAACGAGAGCGAAGGGCGCGGGCGGAGCGCAUAAGGCUGGAGCAGGAAGACCACAAGAACGCGUUGGCGCGCACGGACGAGGUUGCGGGGAUCCAGAACCGCAUCCUGGUCGAGCGGGCUGCCAUCGAGGAGGCGCGCAAGAAGCGACUGCUGAGCGACGAGAUGACUGCGAUCAGGGAGCGUGCGGCGGUGGAGGAGGACGUCUUUGCACAGCAAGUGCGGCGGCAAAAGGCGGAGCGGCAGGCGGCGCUGGAACACAGCCGGCAGCUGGCUGAGGCGGAGCUGGAACGCACGCGGCUUGUGGCUGCGACGGAGUUUGAGGUGGAGCAGACCAAGCAGACGCGACAGAUCGAGUGGGAGCGCAAGAUUGGCGGCGAGCGUCUCGACAAUGCGAACCAGUUAUCGGCUCUGCGCAUCAAGGAGCGUGAGGACAUUGAACGCAUAGACCGCGAGAGCGACAAGCGCGUGCGGUCGAGACUGCAAGAGCAUCGCCAGCUGAUAGAUUCACAGAGCACGCUAGCUGGGCAGCUGACCGCUGCUGGGGUCAAUGGUCGGCGACAGAUCGGGUAUAUAAGUGGCGAGUUGAACUGAGCGUAUUGCUCCUGGGCCCCCC